AUGCCGCCCAAGAAAGCCACUGCCGCCGCGCCCAGCCCGUUGGGUGAGGCUGACGCGAACCGCGUCGUGGGCCAAAACACGGCCGCAAAGCCCGCCGAGAAGCCGGCGCCAAAGUCCCGCAAGCGCAAGUCGGACGCCGCUGCCGACGGUGAUGGUGACACCGGCGCCGCUGCGCCAGCUCCCAAGAAGCAGGCAACCAAGAAGGCUGCUGACAAGCAGGGUCCCCUCCCGGACCUCUCUGAAAUCCAGCUCCCGGGUGACGGUGAGAUGAAAGUCCCCGUCUUCGACACCUGCGACAUAGUCCGCACCAAGAUCCGCGCCAUCCUUCAAAAAGAAGGUGUCACAAAGGCAGCCUUCCUACGCGCCAUCGUCAAGGCCGCGUACCCCGCUGGAUCGGACCACAAGAUUGCUCCCAACUUGCUCACCAAUUUCAUGAACAAGAAGGGACCCGCGUCUGGCAACACCAGCAGUGUCUUUUAUGCGGCCUAUGUCUUUUUUGAGAAGCUUCGUGUGAGGGAUGGCAAGCCCAAGACCAAGAAGAGAGAGGAGAUGGAGAACGAGUGGCCUAAUGGCAUGGAUACCGAGCAGCAGUUGGACGGCUGGGUUACUUGCCUUGCUGGUGAGAGGCCUCAUAUUGACAAGUAUGGCAAGACUCGUUUCCAUUAG